CUGUAAUUAAAGGUCGAUGGCUCCAUUAAAUAGACCCAGAAGGAGCAGUAGAUGAGGAGGAGGACCUUGAAAGCUCUAGCUCUUCAUCAUCCUAAUAUUUGAGUUCUAAAAACCUAAACCCAAGAAGGCCAACAACACCAGGAUCAUGUCAACGGUGAUAGAGAAGUCUGCAGCGGAGGUUGCACCGGGACACGAGUUAGAAGGGAUGAGUAGCAACGGCAACGGCAGCAGCUUGAGAACCGCGGAGACGCUGCUGCGACUGCUGCCGAUUGCUCCUUGUGUGGCGGCUCUGCUCGUCAUGCUUCACGAUUCCCAGGACAAUGAGUUCGGAUCCGUUUCCUACUCUCAUAUUGGAGCUUUCAGGUUUUUGGUGCAUGCCAAUGGCAUAUGUGCUGGUUAUUCCCUUCUAUCGGCUAUCAUAUCAGCCAAGUCUCGUCCCCCCACCAAGUCUCUAGCCUGGACUUUCUUCUUCAUAGAUCAAUUGCUUACGUACAUAAUUCUGGGAGCUGGAGCUGUGUUAACGGAGGUUCUGUACUUGGCUUAUAAAGGAGAUUCAACUAUAACGUGGAGUCCGGCUUGUGGGAGUUAUGGUGGAUUCUGUCACAAAGCCACAACUUCUGUGGUCAUUACAUUUCUGGUGGUGGCUUGCUUUGUUCUCAUUUCACUUAUUUCCUCCUACAAACUCUUCAGCAAGUUUGAUGCUCCUGCCAUCAACUCCAUUAAGGGUAUUCGAACUGCCACCUUCGGUUGAUGAUGAUGAUGAUGAUAAUCUGCUUCCACGGUUGACAAGUUUAUCUCUAGUUACUUUUUCCUCGGAUUAUUACUGCCAGUUAUUACUUGCAUUGAAUAAAAAAUAGAUGUUUGUGUGCUUGUGUAAUUUUGGCCUUUGGUGAUUAUAAUGUGUUUCUGGUACUGUAUCUGCUAGCUUCUCGUAAUUCCUAACAGUAUUAGAAAGAAACUAAUAAAUAUUUUAUUGCUAAUUAAA